UAAAAAUACAAUAAAACUUGGAGUAAAUAUAUUUCUACUCUGGCAAUAUUUAUAAACGUCAAAUCGACCACUUUUGUGAACCACAAAAAGCCAGUCAAAAAAACUCGCGUAAUUUGGAGAAUCUGUCUCAGUGCCUGAUAACUGAAGAACAAAAAAAUAUAUUUUAGUGGGAAUUAAGCUAUUGUUCUAAAUUUAUUCAACUUAAAUAGUAUACUAAAAUAAUGGAGCAUGAUAUUAACAAGCCGUACAAAAUAUGUGAUGUAAAUCGGGACAAAAAGAAAGGUAUAGUAGCUUCAUCCCUAGAAGAUCUCCUUGCGAAAGUGCCAGAAAAAUUAGGGAUGCCAUCGGAGAAUUUAACAGUGGUCUUGGAGUCCGACGGCACAGAAGUGGACGACGAAGAAUACUUUUCUACUUUGGACCCUGAUACUUCUCUUAUGAUCUUACAUGGUCUUGAAAAAUGGGCUCCGAAUAUGCCAAAGUGCCAAGUUUCCCUUGAUCAAACUGACGAUAUAGCAUUAGGAGACAAAGGGCAAGUUGCAAACUUAGUGGGCCGCCUGCAACAUAACUUGUGCCACAUCUCACUGCUUGGAGGUCAAGAUCUGGAACUGCUAUCGGAUAUGGACCCGGACAGUCUAGCAGACAUUGUCACAGACAGAGACAAUAGAAUCAUUUUGGAGCACAUCAAAGAAGCAUCUGGAAGAAUAUUGCUAGAGAAGCGCCAGGCCCAAGAUGCCAUGGAGUUAUUGAAGCUAUACCAUCAAAGUGUGGCCAAUGGGAACGAAGAUAUGUCACCACCAAAGCAAGAGAGAGUUUAAAAAGUGUGUGAAUUGCAAUGGUAACCCACCACAUUUUUAUUUGUCAUAACUUGAUUCAGGGUCUUUUCAUUUUCCUUCUAAUAACUUGUAAUUUUCAAUAUUCUCUUUUAUUUAAAAGGUAUUUUUAGUUUGUUGGUUUUACUUGAAUAAUUUUUUAAAAGGAUAAGUAUAUUGAUCCAGUUUUUAUAAUCUUUUCACCUGAAUCAAGUUAUGAGUAACAUAAUGUAACCCUCAAUUUAUUUUUAAGGGAUGGUUCACCUCAAAAGUUUACAAAAACAACUACACAAGCUUGUGUGCAAAAUUCUUUGAAGAUCUGGUUAUUUUUACUCUAUAAAAGUAUAACGCACUUAGCAUAAUAAAGAGUAUUCAUGAUACCAAAUAUUGAGGCCUUUUUAUAAACAUUAUUUACUUAGUUAUUUAAAUUUUAUUUCUAAGAAAUAAAUGUACCUAUGUACUAGUUUAGCCAAAAAUUAAGAAAUGCACUGUAACAUGUAUACUCGUUACUUUUAUUAUUUAAAGUAGUAUCGUGUGUCAUUAUUAUAUAUUGCAAUGUCCUCCAUUAUUAUGACUAGUAUUGAGUAAUGUGUAAGCUGGUACAUGGUAAAAUAUGGUAGACAUUAGUGAUAAAACAACGCUAAUCUUAUGAAUAUGAGCUGAAAUUGAAAGAUAACAGUGUUAAUAAGCAUUGUAAGUAAAUAUUAAAAUGUUUAUGUAUAUAAUUAGUCUAAAAUGUAAUGUAGUUAGUUACAUAACAGUCAACUAUUAGAAUUAUCUAUUUAUAUAUUUGUGUGAUUAAUUUAUUAUUUCGACUGAUGAAUGUAAGGCAUUUUCUAAUUGAGUAUUGCCAUAGAAAAUAAUAUCAGUCUUAGUACUAAGUUGUUUAGAUAAAACCUUUACACAUAUUUUAAUAACAAAUCUGACAAUAGGUAUGCUAGUGCUAAGCAUUUAUGAUCUUCUAUUCCUUAUUUUUAUAUUAUAUUUUUUUCAUAUUUUGUAAACUUUUGAGAGACGAAUUGCCACAAGGUUGAUAAUCAACAUCAAUUUAAAAGACUGAUAGUUGGUAAAUUUAUGUUUUUAUAUAGUUUUACCCCUAGUAUAAGAUUUAUUCAUUUAAUUCCAAAUUUGCUCAAACAUUUUACAGGAUACUAAAUAAGUUACCCUUUGUUUAAUUCCACUGCCAUACAUUAUAAAGAAAUAUUGGCUAAUUUUGUUUAAAUAUAUUUAGUGGGGUAUAGCUGUUGGUACUGUUGAAGUGAUAAAACAAUGACAUUAGUUACUCAUAUGGAAUUGUAACCAUUUUGUUAGACUAUAAUAUCAAAUGGAUAAAUUCCAGAAGUUUCUUACGGAACCUUGUUGUAAAUGUUUGUAUGAACUUGGGAAACAUAAGAAGUGUGAAUUCUAGGCAUUAUUAAUUCGGUAAAUGGUGUUUGUACGAUAUGAACUACUUAUUUAUAAUUUCUAAUGAUUCAGUCCUUAUAUCCUGAAGCCUUGAUAAAUAUUAUUUCAAUGAAAAUUCCUUUUCACAGAACUAUGAGACAUUUAUUUUCACUAACUGGAUUGCUGUGCUAGAUGUUAUAUACGUAAUAUUGUAUUAUAAAGUAGUGCACCCGAUAAACUUAUGAUAGCUGGCAAAAAGUAGGAACUAUCCUCUAAUAUUGCACACUUUAUCCAUUAUAUUGCAUAUAAAAAUACAAGCCUGACAUUACUGAUGAUUUUAAUUGUAUCAGACAAAAGUACUGACUGAAUCUUAGGCAAAUAUAACCAAAUAACUUUGUAGCUGGAUCAGAUACUUUACAUAAAUACUUAAAGCUCAAACAGUGAUUGAGAACUUUCUGCCUGGUUAUUUAAAUAAUUCAUAAAUUAAUACUAUGCCAGAAAAUUCAUAAGCUGCACAUAAUUAAACCAACAUGUAUGGUAAUACUAAUUAAUGUUAGAAUAAAUCCAUAAAAUAUUACAUUUAUAGUCAUAGUAAAAAUAAUGCAUUCCAAUGUUAACACCAAAUAAAUCUUGUCUUCAUUUGAUAUACAGGUUUUUAUGUACCUAUAGUUAUGUAUUAUGCAAGUAGUGUAAAUUCAAUCUAAACUGAUUUUGAUGUACUGAUUGAUGUCUCUUGUGGUAACAAAAAUGUACAAUUGAAAUUGUUAAAUAAUAGCUAGCAGUCUCCAUUAUUCUACAUGGAAGACUUCACAAUACAAAAUCUUAGUAGCAGCUUAUCACUUUAAUAUGUAUAAUUAUAUGUUAACAGUACUACACAUUGGAAAUUAAUUUAAUGUUUUUGUGGAAUUGGUAGAUGUCAACAAUAAUAAAUAGGUAAUAGAGGAAUUGGAAUUCAGUUUUAUUGUGCACAAAUAAAACAUAUUGGAAAUUAAA